CUUUUCUUUUCUUUUCUUUUUUUAACAUUGCAUUGCUUUCUGAUGAACUUUCUGUCUGCUAGCUCUGAGCAUUCUUGCCAUCACAUGGUGCUGCUCGCUUCUGUACACAGAUGCAGGUGGUAGAAAGAUGGAAGCAGGAGAGCUAAAUAUAUGGCUGAAGUGGGAUUUGGAGCUUAGUCAUUUUGUUUUAACUUCUGGAUUUUUGCAUUGUUUUGUUUUGCAGGUUUGCCGCAGGAGGGCAUACCAAGAAUUGACCUACUGUAUUUAACACUUCACAAAAUAUCAUAAAUGAGACAGGAAGUUUAAUCUCUGCUCAGACAUGAGCAGUGAUAGUAACUCACUGGCACGUGAAUUUUUGUCAGAUGUCAGCCAACUUUGCAAUGCAGUGGACCAAAGGGUGGAGGCCAGGGAGGAGGAAGAGGAAAAAACACACAUAGCCGCACUGGGGCAAUACCUUAUCCAAGGUCGUGGAUUCAUUUUGCUUACUAAACUUAAUUCCAUACUUGAUCAGGAACUGACCUGUCGCGAAGACCUUCUUACUCUCCUCCUCUCACUUCUGCCACUAGUAUGGAAAAUACCUGUACAAGAAGAAAAGGCAUUAGAUUUUAAUCUGCCCUUCUGUGUUGAUAUAUGCUUGACCAAAGAGGCAACUCCAGGUUCUCUCAAAUCUACUCAGGAAAAAGAAGAUCUAGAAGAAAACCCUCAUUUGUCUGCCCAGGUGUCUGCAAAAUUAAGCUCCCGGAAAAGUAGACGGCAGCGCAAAACUACUCAUCGCUAUUCUGUGAGGGACGCAAGGAAAUCCCAGCUAUCCACCUCUGAUUCAGAAGGCAAUUCAGAUGAGAAGACGGCCGUAAUUAUGAAGCACAGGAGGUCCCAAAUCCUGCAGCCUUUUCUUACAAACCCACCUAAGGAACAAUACAAUACAGGGAGAGGCAGCUUUCUAGAAGAUGGGGAAGUCCAGAGUUGUAAUCUUGGUAGGGAGCAUCUAGGUGACUCCGAACAGGUUAUUCCAGUCAAAAAAGUCAGUUCUGAGACUUUAGAGGAUCCAGCUUCAACAUCUGUCAGCUGCCAGGACAAUUCUCCCUUUGACUUGUGUCAUGUCUUACUAUCAUUGCUCGAAAAAAUAUGCAAGUUUGAUAUUUCUGUGAAUCACAAGUCGGCGCUGGCAGCAAAUGUGGUGUGCACACUAACGGAACUUUUGUCCAGACUUGGAGACUGCUACAGUGCAAGCAGUACUGCUGAAAAUGAAGCCGUUUCCUCAAGCUGGGCGGAGGAACCCGUUGCCCUGGCUCAGAGGAUGCUCUUUAGGACAGUCUUGCACCUGAUGGCUGUGGAUGUUAACAAUGCUGAGACCAUGCCUGGCAACUUAAGGAAAAAUCUAAUUGAUUUGCUCAGAGCAGCUUUAAAAACUAAAUGUUUGCUGGAAAAAACAUACGAGCCUUUUGCUUCAGGGCAAAGGGGAGCUUUACAGAAGGGAACCCAUGGCAACCUCGCCGUCUCAAGAUACCGCCACAGAGCCCUCCUUUUGCCGGAGUUCAUAGAAGGAGUUCUGCAGAUCCUGAUCUGCUGCCUUCAGAGCGCCGCCUCCAAUCCAAUUUAUUUCAGUCAAGCGAUGGAUCUUGCUCAUGAGUUCAUACAGCACCAGGGAUUCAGACUGUUUGAAACCACUGUGCUGCAGAUGGAAUGGCUGGUGGUGAGGGAAAGUGAGAUGAACUCGGAAGCAUCGGAAUAUCUCUCAGCCCUCAUUAACAGCAUCAUGAAAAUAAUCAGCACCAUCAAAAAAGUGAAGUCGGAGCAACUUCAUCAGUCUGUGUGCACGAGAAAGCGGCACAGGCGAUGUGAGUACUCUCACUUCAUGCAUCACCACAGAGACCUCUCAGGGCUCCCAGUUUCUACUUUUAAAAACCAAGUCUCCAAGAAUCCAUUUGAGGAAACGCUGGAUGGGGAAGUUCAUUAUCCUGACCGGUGCUGCUGCAUCGCUGUCUGUGCUCACCAGUGUUUGCGGCUGCUGGAGCUGGUUUCACUUAACAGCACAUGUUUUCAGAUCUUGUCCGGUGUCCAUAAUGUGGGUAUAUGUUGUUGCAUGGACCCCAGGUCUGUAAUCACCCCCUUACUUCAUUCUUUCAGAUCACAAGUAUUGAAAAACUUUCAGCCACAUAUAUUAAGCAUCCUUAAUAAAUUUAUAUUGGACCAACUGGGAGGAGCGCAGGUCUCUCAAAAACUCACGCAGGCCUCCUGCAACAUUUGUACCAUUGACUGUGAUCAGCUUGCCGAACUGGAUGAUGUCUUGCAUGGGAAUGCCACUGACGUUUCCCCAUCAAGUUCUUCAACUCCCUAUAGGUUUCAAGGAAUUUUGCCUAGCAGAGGAUCUGAAGACAUGUUGCUGAAGUGGGAUGCCUUGGAGGCAUACCAGAGCCUUGUUUUUGAAGAGGACGACAAACUGCGCUGCAUGCAGAUAGCAAGCCAUGUUUGCAAUUUGAUUCAGAAAGGCAACGAAGUCAUUCAGUGGAAACUGUACAAUUAUAUAUUCAGCCCAGUGCUCCAGAGAGGUGUUGAAUUGGCUCAUAACUCUCAACAACUAGGCGUUACGACAGCCAUCAGCCAGGCAGGCAGCUACCACAAACGGAGUUUGCCUCAGGAAGUGCUUCAAAUCUAUUUGCAGACUCUGCCUGCGCUGUUUAAAUCCAGAAUAGUAAGAGAGUUGUUCAUAAGCUGCAAUGGAAUAAAUCAAAUGACUGAAUUGCAUUACUUGGACUCUGUAAGAAGUUAUUCCUUGAAAGUGUUCGAAACGUUAAUAUUUUGCCUUGGAGACCAGCAGACGGACCAAGUGAUUCCAGACUUAGAUGUCUUAGACAAUGAGCAAAAGAAGUCUGCGUUAGAAUUAGGUGCUUUGGUUCAUAGGCAGCAAGUAGCUUCAGAUGUGCCUCAAAGCCUGACCAAAUUUUAUGCUGGGCUCAAAGAAGUCUAUCCAAAGAAGAAGAAAUCAGUCAGUCAAGAUGUUCACGUCAACAUGAUAAACAUAUUUCUCUGUGUUGCUUUCUUAUGUGUGAGUAAGGAAGCAGAUGCUGAUCGGGAUUCCACUAAUGAUUCUGAAGAUACUUCAGGUUAUGACAGCACAGCUAGUGAACCUUUGAGCCACAGGCUCCCAUGCCUGUCACCAGAAAGUCUCUCUUUGCCUUCUUUGGAACAUAUCCAUAGAGCAGCAGACAUUUGGUCGAUGUGCCGCUGGAUCUAUUUGUGCAGCUCGGUUUUCCAAAGACAGUUCCAUAGACUUGGUGGCUUUGAAGUAUGUCAUAAACUGAUAGCCAUGAUUAUUCAGAAACUUGCCAAAAAAGGAGCCAAGGAACAAGGGGAGCAGGAGAAGCCUGUUGAGAUGAGUAAUGAGAGAGGGCAGUCAGACCAGGAUAGUCUUGACGAGAAUCUUGACGGUGCAGGACAACCUGAAUGCCUUUCCUGUGACCAUUCAGGAGUGGAACAAAAUUCAGCUGAUGGCACUGCAACAUUGAAAAGAGCUUUCAUGCAGGAAGACGAGUGGUCGCUCCAGGGUAUCAGGCUCUUGGAAGCUCUGCUAGCUAUUUGUUUACACAGUGCAAAUAAUUUCCAGCAGAAGUCCGAAAUGGAGUCUCUUCCCCAGAAUGUGUGUGUGGAAGAUAUAUUACUUGAAAUGCGGGACCACCUUACAAAAUCUAGAAUAAUGGAGACUGACUUGGUGAAGCCUUUAUUUGAUUCUUUGCUUCGAGUUGCUUUGGGAACCUAUUUUGCUGAUCUUGAUCAUUCCGAAGAGAAGAAAGAAAAGAUCCAGCAAUCUGAAAAGGAACCUGCACCUCAGGCUGGUGAUAUAUCUGAAGAAGCUGAAGAAUCCCAGUGCUGUAGCUUUACAUUUUUUGCUGAAGAAGAAGGCUAUGAUGCAGACAGUGAAAGCAAUCCUGAUGACAGCGAAAGCAAGGAUGAAGGAACAGACAUUAAGAAAGAAAAAGGAUGUUUUGGCUAUUCCAGUUUUGCCAGUGACACAGCAGAAAACCUCAUUCAAGGGGAAUUAAUAUAUCCUGAAAUCUGUAUGUUGGAAUUGCAUUUACUUUCUGCUAGCAACCCAAGCCUAGAUGUCCUUACACAUGUUUUCCAGAGCUUCUUGAAAGCAAUCAGGCUGAAGGGAAAAAAUGCAAUGUUGCUUAUGCAGCAGGGAGCUGUAAAGAGUCUCUUGGUAGGGUUCAUCCACAUAUUGACACAGACAGAUUCCAAUUUUCAUGCAUGUCAGCAGGUGCUGGUGGAUCUGCUGGUGUCUCUGAUGAGCUCAAAAACCUGUUCAGAAGAGCUGACUCUUCUUUUAAGAAUCUUUUUGGAAAAAACGCCAUCUACGAGCACGUUGCUUAAAGGAAUUCUGAAGAUUUUGGAGACAAAUACCGAGAUGAGGCCCUUACAGCAUAUCUCAUUUCCUUUGCAUCAACUACCAAAUUCAGGAAGUAGCCCUUUGCAAAAACCAACUCUCAGUUUUGGCAGCAAAACCAUAGGACUUCUAAGACGAGCAAAGUUUGCACAGACCAAGAAGGAAGCAGAGGGGGAGAGCUUGCCUCACCAUCUACUUUCUUCUUGGCACGUUGCUCCAAUCCAUUUGCCUCUGGUUGGGCAAAACUGUUGGCCACAUAUGUCUGAAGGUUUCAGCAUCUCAUUGUGGUUUUGUACGGAACGCAUCCAUGAAGUAGACAUUUCCUUAGAGAAAGCAAAAAGAAUGAAAAGGAGGAGCAAAUCACUGAUUUCACACGACAGCAGUUUUGAUGAUAUGGAAGAAAGCAAAGCUGGAAUUGAUCACCUCAAUUUAGGAGACAAACUUCUUGAAGAUGGUUGCCUUCAUAUAUUUUCACUGGGGUCCAAAGCAUUGAUGAUCCAAGUAUGGGCGAAUGUGAACACUGGAAGUUUCACAUUUCGUAUGUGUAUGGACCCAAACGAUGAAAUGAAAGCUGGACUGUUAGCACAAGCGGAAACACCCGAGAACACAUUCCUUGUAGGCACAUGGCAGCAUAUGGCACUGACAUACCUGCAAGAGCCAGAAAGCAAGAAAAAUAUCCAUGGAACACUGUCCUUGUGGAUUUCUGGUCAGAGAAAACCCGAAAUUAGUUUAGAUUAUACCCUCCCGAGGAAAACAAGCUUAUCUUCUGACAGUAACAAGACCUUCUGUAUGACUGGCCAUUAUACAUCAUCCCAAGAUGAGUAUUUGCAGUUGGCUGGAAGAUGGGACCUGGGAAAUCUGCUUCUCUUCAAUGGUGCAAAAAUUGGGCCAGAAGAAGCAUUUUAUCUUUAUUCUUGUGGACCAGACUUUACCUCUGUAAUGCCUUGCAAAUAUGGCAAAACAAUAACUGAUUAUACCAAAUACAUAGAUAAAGAAAUUCUGCAAUGUGAACAAAUAAAAGAACUCCUAAUGACAAAGAGAGAAGUGGACACUGGACCUUUAACUGAAAGCCUUGCUACUGUUUACACCACUUGCUGCCCUGGCCACUAUACAAUCUAUGAGCCAGUAAUCAGGCUUAAAGGUCAAGCGAAAACCAUUCCUUCCCAACGACCUUUCAGCUCAAAAGAAGUACAAAGCAAUUUGCCAGAUCCUCAUUACCUGAAAAUGCUACAGCCUGCAGAAUACAAAAGUCUCCAGGGCAUACUGCAUGAGAUUGGUGGAACUGGGUCCUUUGUCUUCCUUUUUGCCAGGGUUGUGGAAAUCAGCGACUGUGAAGAAACCCAAGCUUUAGCUCUGAAAGUUAUCCUUGCCUUAACCAAACACAAUCAGCAGAGAAUACAUGAGUUAGAAAACUGCAAUGGUUAUUCCAUGAUUCAUCAGGUGUUGAUAAAGCCUAAAUGUAUCGUUGGAUUUCAUAUUUUGCAGACUCUCCUUGCAGGAUGCUGCAGUGAGAAGAUGAUUCAUCUGAAUGAAAAUGGGCAGUUCAUACUAGAUGUAGAGUCUAGAGCAGUGAUUCAAGAUGUCAAGCUGUUGGAAGAGCUGCUACUUGAUUGGAAGAUAUGGUCAAAAGCCCAGCCAGGUGUUUGGGAAACACUCUUAUCAGCUCUGGAAAUCCUUAUCCAUGAUGAUCACUGGCAGCAGUCGUUUAACAUUAAGCAGCUCCUCAAAGCUCAAGUUGUGCAUCGCUUCCUUCUGACAUGUCAGGUUCUGCAGGAGCAGAAAGAAGAAGACUUCACAUCUAUGCCUACAGAAGUUUGCACAUCAUUUGUGAAAAUAAUUGAAGAAGUACUUGGUUCUCCCCCAGAUCUGGAAUUGCUGGCACUGAUCUUCAAUUUCCUCUUAGCAGUUCACCCUCCUACUAAUACAUAUGUAUGUCACAAUCCCAGAGAUUUCUACUUUUCCCUGCACAUAGAUGGCAACAUUUUCCAAGAGAAGGUCCAGUCCAUUAUGUAUUUGAGGAAUUCCAGCAGUGGUGGAAAAUCUAUUGACAGUCCAGCACUGGCAAUUACAAGUCCAACUGGAUUUUCAGCUGUUUGUCAAGAAAGAAAUGAUUCUUCUGAAAUCAGCGAGCUACAGACAGCAGUUCCUCAGGCACCUGUCCGGCGGUGUAAAAGCCUCCCAACAUCUCUCACUUCCUCUCCACAAAUGCACCGAAAAGGGUUCUGCGGGAACCUGAGCAACAGUGUUGAGAAUUUGAAUAUACUUCGAAAGACUGGUGUAGAUGAGCUACUGCAUAAAAAUAAUUUCGUAAAGAGCUUGGAAGUCUUUAAAAUGAUGCAUUUGCUCAGUAGCUGUGAAUCUGCAAAAACAGUUGUAAAUGUGGGAGAGUUGACUUCUCCUGAGACGUUUGAUAUUUCAAAGGAAGAGGUGGAGAUGUUGAACAAGCCUUCUGAGAAUCAAGAAGCAAACACAGGAAUGAAAUUGAGUGAAGAUGGCGCUGCACCUGCAUUGUCCCCGAGGCGUCCUGACAAUCUGAAAGGGUUGUCUACCUUUCAGAAAAGUCAUGGCAACUUUGCAGGUUUGGGAUUAGCCUUUUCUGCUCAUAGUGGAUCCACUAUUGCUCGUUGGCCAAGCCUGGCUGAUAGGAGUGUGGCUUCUGAAGACUGGGAACAUCUCACCUUUUCCUCGAGUAGCAAACAGGCUGCUCUGAAAUCUGAAAGCACUGCUGAUAGAUCAACAGAAGACUCUCUCGUACUCGUAUGCUGUGGUUUUUAUAAGCUCUUGAGGAGAGUACUUUUGAUCUUGCCGGAUGUCAUGCUUCAAGAUGUGAUGGACAAGCUUAUUCAGCCCGAUGUUCUCAUAGUUCUCGUGAACCAUCCGUCUGCUCUCAUACAACAAGGAGUUAUUAAACUUUUGGACACGUAUUUCAGCAGAGCAACCAGGGAACAAAAGGAGAAGUUCCUGAAGAAUCGUGGUUUCUCUUUGUUAGCUAACCAGUUAUAUCUUCACCAAGGCACUCAAGAACUUAUGGAAUGCUUCAUGGAAAUGCUGUUUGGUCGAUCAGUCAGUCUUGAUGAAGACUUUGAUUUAGAAGAUGUGAAAGGUGCUGGACUUUUUCAAAAGUGGUGUGUGAUACCUGUUCUGGGGCUUAUAGAGAACUCCCUCUACGAUAGCAUCCUGCUGCAUAACUCCCUCUGUUUCCUGAUGCAAAUCAUAAACUCCUGUUCUAAAAUGGCAGACAUGCUGCUAGAUAAUGGCUUGCUAUAUGCACUGUGCAAUACUUUAGCAGCUCUCAACGGGUUAGAAGCCAACAGCAUCUCAGACGAUUACAGGGUACUUGUGUGUGAUAUACAGCAGUUACUCGUAGCAGUGACAAUCCAUGCCUGCAGCUCUUCAGGCUCCCAGUAUUUUCGGAUUAUUGAAGAUCUCAUGGUGUUACUUGGACAUCUUCAGAACUGCAAGAAUGAAAGAACACAGAAUAUGGCCAUUGCUUUGCAGUUCAGAGUCCUGCAAGCAGGCAUUGAGUUCAUAAAAACCGCAGCAAAUCAAGACUCAGAAGAUCUAAGCAAUUCAUCCCAGUUAAUUCCUUUGCAUCAGCAGGCUAUAUUGCAAAAAAGUCAGAGCAUCACUGCACCUAGAAAAUUUUCUCUUGCUCAGUCAGACACAUUGGUAAUGAGAAUGCGUACAAUUGCAAGCGAUGAGCUCAAUUUGAUGAUGCAGCGAAGAAUGAGUAAUGACAACCCUGUUUGUGCCAGCGAGGCAGAGCUUACACAGAGGUUACAGAGAAUUACUGUUCUGUCAGCCAACAGGUUCAUGUAUCAAGAGCUUUCUGAAAACUGCCUUGAUAUGCUGGACAUAAUGGAGGACCCAGUGCAGAGUAGACUUUCAGUUUCACAGAUGGAAGAGGCAGAAAAGGAGGAGCAACCGGAGAAACCUAGCCUUAAAUUUGCUUUCUUGAAAGAAAUUUUGAAGAUAAUGAUUGAAGGAAUUGGAUUAUCUGUUGGCACAAGUAGAUCUAGUACCCCAAGGCAACAGUGGAAGAGAAUUCUCUUGUCCUGUAAGGAUACAUUUCGGGUGCAGCUUGGAAGAUUGCUUGUGCAUGCGCUGUCUCCUGCACGCCCUUUACAGGAGAGAAAGCAAACUCUGGAGAUCAUAUCUGAAAUCAGCCACCAGGAAAUUUUGCGAGACUGUCUAAGUCCAACUUUGCAACAUGGGCCCAAACUGUCUCUCUACUUAUUUGAGUUAAUGCAUGAUCACAAGGAGCAGCUGUCCAGUGAAGAUCAGUUAGCAGUGGGAGUAUUUAUGAAUGCAUUAAAACUUUGUGGUUACAAAUAUAUUCCUCUCAACGCACCACCAAAGCCAGACCUUAUAAAAGCUAUGAGAGAGGAUCAAAAAAAAUAUGAGGCAGAGGAAGAUGUGAACAAAGCUGCUUGGGAGAAGACUAUGGCUAAUAAUAGGCAAACCCUCUUUCAGCGCCUGGAUGCAAAGUCGAAGGACAUUUCUAAAGCAGCUGGAGAUAUCACCCAGGCUGUGUCUCUGUCCCAAGGAAUAGAAAGAAAGAAGGUGAUUCAUCACAUCAGAGGAAUGUAUAAAACAGACUUAAGUGCUAGCAGACACUGGCAGGAGCUUAUUCAGCAACUAACACAUGAUAGAGCACUCUGGUAUGACCCAAGCUCCUACCCAACAUCUUGGCAACUGGAUCCGACAGAAGGCCCCAACAGAGAGAGGCGACGUUUGCAGAGGUGCUACUUAACUAUUCCAAAUAAAUAUCUUCUCAAAGACAGGCAGAAAUUUGAAGAGGUUAUUAAACCCCCUCUGUCGUAUCUCUUCGAAGACAAAACACAUUCUUCUCACUCUUCUACUGUAAAAGAUAAAGCUGCCAGUGAGCAUAUAAGAGUAAAUCGAAGAUGCAUCAACGUGGCACCAUCUAGAGAGACUCCUGGUGAAUUGCUACUAGGUAAAUGCGGAAUGUAUUUUGUGGAAGACAAUGCUUCUGAUACAAUUGAAAGCUUGAGCUUUCAUGGUGAAACUGAACCAGCAUCGUUUUCUUGGACAUUUGAAGAAAUCAAAGAAGUGCACAAGCGUUGGUGGCAAUUACGGGACAACGCUGUAGAAAUAUUUUUAACAAAUGGCAGAACUUUGCUAUUAGCUUUUGACAACACAAAGGUGCGUGAUGAUGUGUACCACCACAUCCUAACAAACAACCUCCCUAACAUCUUGAAGUAUGGCAACAUUACAGCAUUAACCCAACUGUGGUACACAGGACAGAUCACUAAUUUUGAAUACCUCACUCAUUUAAACAAACAUGCAGGCCGUUCCUUCAAUGAUCUUAUGCAGUAUCCAGUAUUUCCCUUUAUACUUUCCGACUAUACUAGUGAAACACUGGAGCUCAAUGAUCCAUCCGUUUAUAGAAAUUUGGUCAAACCCAUAGCUGUACAAUCAAAAGAAAAGGAAGAUCGUUAUGUGGACACUUACAAGUAUUUAGAAGAGGAAUACCGUAAAGGAGCGAGAGACGAUGACCCAAUGCCCCCUGUGCAACCUUAUCACUAUGGAUCUCAUUACUCCAAUAGUGGAACUGUACUUCACUUCCUGGUUAGGAUGCCUCCUUUCACAAAGAUGUUCUUAGCUUAUCAAGACCAGAGUUUUGACAUUCCAGACAGAACCUUCCACUCCACCAACACAACCUGGCGCCUUUCAUCAUAUGAAUCAAUGACUGAUGUAAAGGAGCUUAUUCCAGAAUUUUUUUAUCUUCCUGAGUUUUUGGUUAACAGAGAAGGAUUUGAUUUUGGGGUGCGUCAGAAUGGGGAAAGAGUGAACCACGUGAAUCUCCCACCUUGGGCUCGAAAUGAUCCCCGACUUUUUAUCCUGAUCCACCGACAAGCUUUGGAGUCUGACCAUGUUUCCCAGACAAUCUGCCAUUGGAUUGAUUUAGUGUUUGGGUAUAAGCAAAAGGGCAAGGCUUCAGUUCAAGCUAUCAAUGUCUUUCACCCUGCUACAUACUUUGGAAUGGACGUGUCAGCUGUAGAAGAUCCAGUUCAAAGAAGAGCCCUGGAGACUAUGAUAAAAACAUAUGGACAAACCCCUCGCCAGCUGUUCCACACCGCACAUGUCAGCAGACCUGGAUCCAAGCCCAUUAUGGAAGGAGAGCUCCUUGCUCCCAUGGGACUAUUGGUGCAGCUUGCAUUCAGAGACACAAAGGAGCAAACUAAAGAGAUCACAUAUCCGAGUCCUUUACCUUGGAUUAAAGGCUUAAAGUGGGGGGAAUAUGUAGGUUCCCCAAGUGCCCCUGAUCCUGUUGUCUGCUUCAGCCAACCACAUGGAGAAAGGUUUGGCUCCCUGCAGGCUCUGCCAACAAGAGCAAUUUGUGGUUUAUCCCGGAAGUUCUGUCUUCUGAUGAUCUAUAGCAAAGAGCAAGGUGUAAGAAGCAUGCACAGUACAGAUAUCCAGUGGUCAGCCAUUCUGAGUUGGGGAUAUGCUGACAAUAUAUUGAGACUGAAAAGCAAGCAAAGUGAACCUCCAGUUAACUUUAUACAGAGCUCACAGUUUCAUCAGGUAACAAGCUGUGCUUGGGUGCCUGACAGCUGCCAGCUUUUUACUGGCAGCAAGUGCGGGGUCAUCACAGCAUAUAUGAACAGAUUCACUAGCAGCACACCAUCUGAGAUUGAGAUGGAAUCUCAAGUGCACCUGUAUGGCCAUACUGCAGAGAUCACCAGCUUGUUUGUCUGCAAGCCUUACAGUAUAAUGAUAAGCGUAAGCAAAGAUGGAACUUGCAUCAUCUGGGAUUUGAACAGGCUCUGCUACGUGCAAAGUCUUGCUGGGCACAAGAGUCCUGUAACAGCAGUGUCUGCUAGUGAAACAACAGGUGACAUUGCAACAGUUUGUGAUUCAGUUGGUGGUGGCAGUGAUCUGAGACUUUGGACCGUGAACGGUGAUCUUGUGGGACAUGUGCACUGCAGGGAAAUUAUAUGCUCUGUUGCUUUCUCUAACCAGCCUGAAGGAGUCUCUAUCAAUGUGAUUGCUGGAGGGCUGGAAAAUGGAGUUGUACGGCUGUGGAGCACGUGGGAUUUGAAACCUGUGCGGGAAAUUACAUUCCCUAAAUCAAAUAAACCUAUUGUAAGCCUUACAUUUUCCUGUGAUGGCCAUCAUCUGUACACAGCAAAUAAUGAAGGAACUGUUAUUGCUUGGUGUCGCAAGGACCAACAGCGCUUGAAACUCCCCAUGUUCUACUCAUUCCUGAGCAGCUAUGCAGCUGGCUGAUGGCUGUUCUUGCUCCUUGGCCUUGGUUUGUUUUGAAGCGCUUUCAAUCCAGGGUAGAUUAUAGAACCUCUUCUGCUUAACUGGGUCUUGAAAUACUCUUCAACAUCUUCAUGAUAACUGAGAGUAGAUUAGCAAUAUAUCAGUGGAAGGCUGCUACGUAUGCUCACGCACCAGACCAUAUCACUGGUUAUAGGAAACUUCUGGUGUGCUUUUUUCAGGAGAGAGUAGAAGCGCUAACCCAGAAGUUUAAAUGCUGCAAUGUAUAAUGUAAAAAUAUUUUUACAAAUCAUUUUGUGGACAUGUAUAUUCUAAACCCUGAAGCGCUAAUGGUGACUUCUGCCCCUUUGUGUUGUAAAAAAAUAAAACAGAAUUAAAAUAUUUCAAAGGUUUAUUUAAAAAAAAAACCACAAGGUCGGUUUGUGUGUGUAACUUAUUAGUUGACUGUCGUACACCUUUCUCUAGAA